UGCAGCUUUGCUGGCUCUCUCUCUUUCUCUCUCUCUGUCUCACUCUCUCUCUUUCUCUCCUAUCCGAGCACAAUGAAAGCCUGUGUAUCUCCGUGACUCCGGGCAGUGGAGCGAGUGUCAGCAAAGCGACCAACAACAGAGGAGAAAGAGAAAGGAAAAUACCAGCUACUUUUUUUUUUUCCAUAUAAAAAUCGGAGCGAUCCAAGAGAUUCACAUUGGUCAUUGCGAGUCCAAACCCCACAGAUCAACUGGCCGGGGAUGGAAUGUACAAAAACAGAAAGGAAAGUGACUGGACGUUACUUGGUGCAAUACGCUGGAAGUUUGUAAGUUGGACUAUCAUUUGUAAAUUACUCUGGGAAGAGUUGUUCUCUGGUGAUACGGUGUCUGAAUAGAGCCCGGGUGGGGAAGAGCAGCUUAAGCGGGAAAGCAAUGCGCUAAGUGAUCUCUCUGCCUGGCUAGCUACUUUAGAUUGCUUUCAUUAAGGAAAGGAAACCCUAGAAGAGAUGAGGCUCUUCCCAGUGGCCGGAUUCGCGGAAGAAACGAGCGUGGUCUGAAAGUCCAGUUACUGACACUGCGAACCACCGAGAAGCUGUCUCCUUCUUUUGGGGGGCGCGGGGGGAGACGAAAUAGAGGAGUUCUGUGGCAGCAGCGACAGUAACCAAACAAGGAGGAAGCGUAGGGAGCUCAGAGGGGAGGCGGAGAAGGGGGGGAAAAAAGAGAGAGAAAUUAAAACCAAAAAGACAGUAGUUCCUGUGGGCACGUUGUGAUCCUCGGCUUCUAAACUCUAUUGAAAAGGCAGCACAGUGUUUUUAAAACAUGAGAAAAAGUGACUGUGGCGAGGCCAUGAAGCCAGGCAGCUUCGCAAUGUGCUUCUUUGCUGAAAUUUCCCCAUAAAUAUCCGAAACAACUAGGUGAGGGGGUGGGGGAGGAGUUCAGGUCUUGAUUAACCUCUUUUUCCCUCAACUCCUUUCUCUCCGUCUUGCUUUCUCUUGACAACUCCCGAGUCCGUCCAAGCUAAACCCCGGAUCCUAUAACAUUUGCGAAGUACGCAGUGGCUCUUGUCAGCUUGGUUAAAAAAAAAAAAAUCCCCAACUCUGCCCAACUUCUCCAGAGCUGUCAGAUGCAAUUAGAGUAAGUUGAUUAGGGUUUGUUGUCCUCUUAGCCUCUCCAAUUGACUUUCUCCCCCACCCUUCUUCCAUCAGGCUAUUCCUCCAGCCCUUCACUUAUUCUCUCCUCCCCUCCAACUCUCAGUUUCUCCAUAUAUACUCUCUACACAUGUGGCACUGAAAACAGUCCAUAUUCUUUUUUGAAGACUCACAAGUUUCCCCCAUUAACCAGUAGCCACAGUCACAAUAUCCCAGAGGCAGCAAUCAUUGUGGCCAGUAGGAUGGGGGACACAGCUCCCCCUCAGGCCCCAGCAGGUGGGUUAGGGGGGGCUCCUGGGGCAGGGCUCCUUGGAGGAGGCUCAGUGGCCCCCAGAGUACACAGCGCCAUUGUGGAACGUCUGCGUGCCCGCAUCGCCAUCUGCCGCCAGCAUCACCUAAGCUGCGAGGGACGCUAUGAGCGGGGUCGAGCCGAGAGCUCCGACCGGGAACGGGAGAGCACCUUGCAGCUCCUGAGUCUCGUGCAGCAUGGUCAGGGUUCAAGGAAGGGUGGCAAACACGCUAAGGCUAGUGCCAAUGCCACGGCCACUGCAGCACCUCCUCCCACUGCCGCUCCUCCUCCUCCUCCAACAUCAGCAGCAGCGCCUGCCCCACCACCUCCACCAGACUAUCACCACCACCACCACCACCACCAUCACCCACAGCACCUGCUCAACAAUGGCAGCAACUCUGGUGGGAGUGGGAUCAAGGGCGAGCAGCAGCAGCAGCAGCAACAGCAGCCACCUCCCACAUCAGCUCCUGAGGACCAGAGGAACUCGGCCCUGAUUGCGCUCCAAGGUUCCUUGAAGAGAAAGCAGGUGGUGAGCCUGUCUCCAGCCAACACCAAGAGACCCAAUGGCAUUGUGGAGAACUCCUUCCUUGAUAUUAAGAGGAUACGAGUAGGAGAAAAUCUCCCUGCAGGACAAACUGGACAUCAUGUCAACAAUGGACAAAGCCAGUUAAUGCCUAUGAGCCAGGGCCCUCUGAGGAAGGCCAGCACCCUUCCAACCAGUGCCCAUUCUCCUGGGAAUGGUAUGUUUAACCUGGGUUUAAAGGAGGUCAAGAAGGAGCCAGGAGAGACAGUGUCUUGCAGCAAGCACUUGGAUGGCCAGAUGACACAGGAAAAUAUGUUUCCCAAUAGAUAUGGAGAUGCUCCAGGGGAACAGAUGAUGAUGGAUCCAGAGCUCCAGGAGUUGUUUAAUGAGCUGACUAAUAUAUCUGUGCCUCCUAUGAGUGACCUGGAGCUGGAAAAUAUGAUCAAUGCCACCAUAAAGCAGGAUGACCCGUUUAACAUUGAUUUGGGCCAACAGAACCAGAGGAGCACUCCAAGGCCCCCUUUGCAGAUGGAGAAGAUGGUGAUCAAGAGUGAAUACUCCCCAGGCUUGACCCAAGCCCCAGUUGGUUCCCCUCAGCUGAGGCCUCCCUCCACAGGACCUGCCUUCUCUAUGGCUACUUCUGCCCUUUCUACUUCUUCCCCAAUCCCCUCAGGACCUCCAAGCCAGAAUCAGCCCCAGGCUUCUUCAGGGGCAAGUAGGCCAAUGGCCAACUGGCAAGAAGUCUCUCAUGCCCAACAACUCAAACAGAUAGCUGCCAAUCGCCAGCAGCAUGCCCUAAUUCAGCAGCAGCAGCAGCAGCAGCAACAACAGCACCAGCCAAGCCAGCCUUCUAGCUGGUCAGCCUUGUCCCCUGCGGUGCCUUCCCCAGGGCCAUUUGUCCAGGAGAAAAUUCCCAGCCCUUCCUUCCGUCAGCAACAGUUCAGCCCACAGAGCCCGGCCAUCCCUGGGGUACCAGUAAACAGCAGUCAGUCAAAAGCGAUGGCCAACUAUAUGUACAAAGCAAGUCCCACCACCCAGAGCAGCCACCUGGAUGUCCUCAUGCAGCAAAAGUCUCAGGACCUCAAUAGAAACUUCAUGAGCAACCCUCACCCACCUUUGGAGCCGCAUCAUGGCAACACUAAGCCCUUGUUCCACUUUAACUCAGAACAAGCAAACCAGCAGAUGCCUUCAGUUUUGGCUUCCCAAAGCAAGCCUUCUCUCCUGCACUAUACUCAGCAACAGCAGCAGCAGCUACCACAGCAGCAGCCACCACCGCCGCCACAGCAGCAGCAGCAGCAGCAGCAACAGCCACCGCCACUGCCACCACCUCCGCCACAGCAACAACAAAGCUCAGUGGCUACCCAGCCCCAGUCCCAGCAGGCACAGCCACAGCAGCAACCCCAGCCCACCCAAACCCUGUCCACCCAGCCUCUUCUACGGCCAUCCCUUCCACUACAGCAAAAGAUCAUGCUUCAGAAAAUGCAGGGUCAACCCAUCGCUGGAUUGCCCUAUGCAGUCUCUCAACAGCAUAGACCGGAUCAACACUCUGUGGUAAGCCAGAACACAGGCCCCUGUCCAAGUUCCACUUCUUGCUCGAAUCCAAACACUGGAAGUAGUUACAUGAACUCCCAGCAAUCGAUGUUGAAUCAGCAACUGAUGGAGAAGAAGCAGGCUAUCCAGAGGCAGCUCAUGGAGCAGAAACAGCAUCUCCUCCUUCAGCAGCACAUACUUGCAGAUGUAGAAAAAAUUGCUCCACAAGAUCAGAUAAACAGACACUUGACACGGCCACCCCCAGAUUACAAAGACCAAAGAAGAAACAUGGUCAACAUGCAACCAACAAGCCAAUAUUCUGGAGGCUCCGCAACAGUGAGUUUAAACUCAAAUCAUGCUUUGGCAAACCCAGUUUCCACGCACAGCAUCUUGACCCAAACUUCCAACCUAAUGUCCACUUCCCAAGGAACAAGAAUGCCUUCUUUACCAGCCGUCCGCAACAUCGGGAUCUAUGGAAACCUGCCUUGCAACCAAUCCGGGACAUACAGCGUCACUUCAGGAAUGACGCCCAUGGCCCAGCACAGAAACACCAACCAAAUGAUCGCCAGUCAGAGUAACCCCAUGCUGCUGCGGCCCUCCACCCUGGGGCCCGGGAGUAACACCACGGUGAACGCUUUUGGAUCUGGCUCCAUCGGCAGCUCCCAGCAAGUGAGACCAAACUUAAACCCCGGCGCUACGAGCAUCCCAGCCCAGAGACCACCGAAUGUCAUGAUCACUUCCAGCACCACAGCACCCACCUGGGCCUCUCCAGAAGCCUCCGCCAAGCAGCAGGAGGCUCUGAAGCCAAGCGGCGUGCGUUUCCCUGCUGUGGCCCCCGCCGUGGCCCCCACCGCGGCCUACGCUUCCAGUCCGUCUUUGCAGCGGGCCAUGGGCAACCAGCAAUUUUCCCAGCGAGCCGUGGCCCCUCCCAGUCAGCUGACACCAGCAGUGCAAAUGAGACCCGUCAAUCAAAUGAGCCAGACGUUAAAUGGACAGACUCUCGGGUCGCUCAGAGGUCUGACUCUCAGACCAAAUCAGCUAAGCACACAGACUCUGGCAGGAGCCGGCGUGAAUCAGGCCGGGACAGGCAUCACUCAGGCACCAUCCCUGUCCUCCACCAGCUUUCCUGCUACAAACCAAAGUGCCAGGGCGUUCCCAGGGACUGACCAUGGCAGUGACUUAGCGUUUGACUUUCUCAGUCCGCAGACUGAUAACAUGGGACCAGCACUGAAUAGUGACUCCGACUUCAUAGAUUCCUUACUGAAAACGGAGCCUGGCAACGACGACUGGAUGAAAGACAUCAAUCUCGACGAAAUCUUGGGCAGUAACUCAUGAAGGCCAGAAAGGACAGCAACGACAAACCCAAGCACUAAAAGGCAGUAUUUUCUAUGGAUUCUGUAAAGGUUAAGCGGUUGACUUUUCGUUUUUCCUUUUAGUGGGACUGUGUAGAUAAUGUGGCUUAACAUUGGGAAACAAAAGAGCGAUUGCUGUAUUGAAAAUGUUGGUACAAAAAAUUUUCCCUAAUAGUAAACUUGAUGAAAGUAAAGUAUGAGAUGAUUUUCAUAGCUCUGAAUUAUAGGAUAGGAUACCCGAUUCAUUCAAAUGGAACUGUGAUGCUGAUGUAUAUUUUUCUUGGGUAAAAUGGGCCACAAGACUUCUUUCUUCCCUUCCUCCCUGAAAGGAAAAUGAUAUGAAUUUGUAAAUCACUUAAGCCUCAUGUGAUGAAGGGGAACUGGCUGCAAAGGGGGCACAGAGUAACAGAUUCUCUCUCACACUUGGUCGCUCUUUAUGCUGUUUUGGCUUUAUCUCUGGUUUAUGAUGUUAAACCACCUAGAGCUUCAGUUGAGAAAACUGUGAGGUCUGUUUGGAAUGUAAGAAAAUUGACCUGAGUAAGCAAGGGCCUGGCAUGCUAUAGGCCUCUCCCCAACCCACCUUGGGCUGCCAUGUGCCCCUCUUGGUGGGACAGACAACAAAGCGUAUUGUUCUUCUGGGGGGAAAAACCCUUGCUCUUUUGACUGAAUCCAACUGAUUCCCCAAUCCAUUCCCAAGUUUUACAUGCAACCAAGACGAAUCCAAAGUUGCUGCAUGCCUGUCUGUAUGCAUUAAAUUUCACUCUUUUUUGAAUCACUCACAUACCACAAUGUUUGAAAAAUGUCCAGCUGGGCAUUGUCAUAAAAGGGAUUUAUUUGGCUUACAACCAUCAUUGGGGAUGGAGGGUUUGUUGUGAAAGUUUUUCCUUGGUCAGUUCAGAAGAUGAUUGAAGUUGAAACCCACCCUAUUUACUGAGCUGACAAACCAUAGAUUUCUAAAUCCAGGAAGGUUGGAAAUGCUCACCAAAGUUUAAAUUCCACACGCUCUUUUCUGAUGGCAAAAAGAGAUAGAAGGCCCUGGAAGGAACCAAAACUGGGGAAGUAUGGGAAAGUAAGCUGCCUUUGGUGAAUAACCAAAAUGUACCUGUCCUGUGUCAUGAAAGUUCAUACACCCUCCAUGAAGUCUUCAACCCAAAACUUAAUGUAAGAAAAGAAACAUUAUAAGGCGGGAUAUAACCUCCACACCCAGGAUUCAAAAUCUAGGUCUCUUCUUCCAGGGGUACCCAUUGCCUCACUGAAAGAAUGACUGAGUGACCUAGACAAGUAAUUUAGUCUCUAAUCCACAUGCAAUUCUGCAGAACAGGAUUGAUCUCAUUGCAAAGUGGCAUAAUUGUUCUUUCCUGCCCUUCAGUCAUACCUAAGUAAUCACACCUUGAAAUGUGAUUUCAAUCCUGCCUUUUAUGUCCAAACCUGAAAAUGUCAAUUCUAUAAAAAUAACAACAUAAAAGCGAUUUUUGUGACCUCUGAAAACUCACCUGUCAUUCUCUACCAUGACUAAGUGCACUGUCCUACCUUCUGUCAGGCAGCAUCCACACCACUGGCCCAGGAUCUUCUCAGUGUUGGCUUGUAAAUAUAAAGAAAUUAUUUGUUUUGUAAACUUUUGUAAAAAAUAUUUUGGUAGAAAUAAUUAAAAACAUAUUCUUUGGGUUAUAUUUAUACAUAUGUGAAAUAAAUAUACUAUCAGAAAGUUAUAUUUUAUACAAAAAGUAAAUUGUUACCUUUUUGUAUGCUAAUAUACAAAGUUUUUGUAUAAUACAAUGGUUUAUUUUUCGCUCCAUGCCUAAACUGCAGGUGGCCAACUGGGAAUUUUAGAAAAUGAUUAACAGGCUUAUCAGAUAAAUGUAUAUUAUGAAACCUCCAUAAAAAGCAUUCUAGGUUUCAAGCCUUUUUUUUCUCUCUGCAGUCAUAUUAUUUUUUGAACCCAUAGUCCUUGUGUUUUUAUUUUGUUAUACUGUGUGUACUGUAUUGGUCCUCAUUGCACGUGGUCUGCUCUGUGCUGUUCUAUUUUAUAAAACAGUGUUUUUUCCAUGCAAAUGGAAGGAAAAACAACUGUAUAUAAACAUUUAUGAGUUUUUUGCCUUCUUCAUGUUACUGUAUAUACCAGCUAGCAUUCAACAGUUGAACAUCUUUGAUUCAGCUUAUAUUUUUAUCCUAACAAAUAGUAUGUUUUGCAGUAGCUCUCAAAAUUAAGCAAAGUAAAUCAAUCAGAGCAUUUGGAAUUGCUUCUUUCUUAAUGUGAAUUUCAUCAUUCAUGUCUAUUUAUUCAGCUACUCAUUAAAAUGCAGGAAAAUGAUGGGAAAAAUGAUGGCUUCUACAUUUCCUCUUUACUCACAUCCUACUCCCAACAAUAAUGGGAUUUGCCUGAAAGUUGAAACAAUAAGGAAAAUUCGAUAGAUGUGAUAUAGCCACAACUUUGGAAUUCAUGACAUAAGAGCUGCUGGAAUACAAUCUCCCUUUGGAAGAAAUACCAGACUAUUGAAUUGAUGGCAUUGUUGAUCUUCUUGACAUAUAGGAGGUAGAAUUAACUUAAAAAAAAAAAGAUUAAAGGUCUAAAGGGUAAUUUCAGCAAACAGUUCCUUCUAUGCUUUGUUUUAAACCCAAUGACAAGGAAAAAUAAAAAUCUAUAUUAUAAUUGAAUGCACUAAUAUUGCUUGCAUCUGUGUACCAUGACAUAUACCCAUUACUGUAAAGAUUCCAAUAUGUAAACAAUUAUUUUGUAUUGUGUGUAAUUCCAUGUGUUUAAGAAAAAAAUAGUUUUUAAAAAAAGUCUUAUUUGCAUGUAAUCACAUUUUUUCCAUACCAAUAAAUUCCCCAAAUCAUAGCA